CUGUCUUGGUUGUGUCUGUGAAGCUUGAAGUGAGAAGUGAGAACUAAGAAGUGGUGAUUGUAAUUAUUAAUUUGUAUCAUUGUAGUGCGUAAGAUCAGACAAUUAUUCGUAAUUGGCGGCGAUACGCGCGUAACAAUCGCACCGAACAAUAGUUGUUAGAAGAUGUGGAGCGCGUGACCAGGCGGCAUGUGGCUCGGAGUGCUGAUGCUGGCGGUGCACGCCGCCGCCAUGCUCGAGGGACCCAACGUGUGCGUUCGACAGGAGGCAUACACAACAACGAUCCGUGUGUCGGAGCAACAGGCGUACCAGGUGAAGGAGAACUCGUGGUGUCUCAGCGUGCCGCCGCGGUGCUCCAAGUACAAGAUCAACUUCCGCACGGUGUACAAGACGCAGAAGCUAGUCAAGAUCCGCCCCGUCGAGGAGUGCUGCAAGGGGUACGCACCAGAUUCUCAAGGCAAGGAAUGCGUGCCGGUGUGUGUGGAGUCUUGCGUGCACGGGAAAUGCAUCGCGCCCGACACUUGUGCGUGCGCGCACGGUUACGGAGGACCUGCGUGCGAUAUAUCAUGUCCUGACGGCAAGUGGGGUCGCAACUGCCAGAACGAUUGCCGUUGCUUGAAUGGCGGCACAUGCGAGCCGCUGACUGGCGACUGCGCGUGCGCAGCCGGCUGGCGUGGCGACGCCUGCGAGCGAGCGUGCGCGGCGCUCAGCUUCGGAGAUGGCUGCCGUCAGACCUGCCGCUGCCAUAACAACGCGACCUGCGACCCGGCUAGCGGCGCCUGCAAGUGUUCACCCGGAUUUACAGGACCGCUAUGCGAGGAAGAAUGCCCCAAAGACGAUAAAUGUCCGGAGCGGUGUCGGUGCCAGAACGGCGGGCAGUGCGACUUCGUGACGGGAGCGUGCGAGUGUCCGGCCGGCUGGACGGGCGAAGUGUGCGCCAACGAAUGUCCUACCGGUCGUUGGGGUGAGCGAUGCGAGCGCACCUGCGAGUGUGCGAACAGGGCCGGCUGUCACCACGUCACCGGCAAAUGUUUGUGUGAGGCGGGAUUUACGGGAGAUAAGUGCUUAGAGACGUGUCCGCUGGGCACGUUCGGCGUGGGGUGCGCGGGCCAGUGCGCGUGCUCGCACGGCGGCUCGUGCAGCGCGCGGGACGGCUCCUGCACGUGCAAGCCGGGCUGGGCCGGAGCGCGCUGCGAGCGGCGCGCGUGCGAGGACGGCCGCUGGGGCCCGCGCUGCGAGCGGCCGUGCGAGUGCGACCCGCCCACCACGGACAUGUGCGACCCGUGGACGGGAGCGUGCGAGUGCUCCGCGGGCUGGGCCGGCGAGACGUGUACCCGCCAGUGCCCGCUGCUCACGUACGGCAAGGGCUGCCGGAACACGUGCCGCUGCGAGAACAGCGGCCAUUGCUCGCCUGUCAACGGAUCGUGUCUGUGCGCUCCGGGGUACCGAGGCGUGCACUGCGAGGAGUCGUGUCCUCCGCCCCUGUACGGAGACAACUGCGCCGACACGUGCCAGUGCAUGAACAACGCGACGUGUGCGCACGAGACCGGCGAAUGUACCUGCGCGCCCGGGUUCGACGGAUUGAAAUGCGAUCGACCGUGCGACGGAAAGACGUAUGGUCUAGGUUGUCGGCAGCUGUGUGACUGUGAGAACGAUGCGCCCUGCAACCCUGUCACAGGUGCGUGCGUGUGCGGCGCGGGGUACGAGGGCGAGCGCUGCGAGCGCAAGUGUCGCGGCGGCUCGUACGGCGCCGCGUGCGCGCUGCGCUGUGCGUGCUCGGGGCGGGCCGCGGGCUGCGACCACGUGACGGGCCGCUGCGAGUGUCGCGCCGCGUGGAGAGAAUUCACAAACUUAAAUAUAACAAUGUCCGCGGGUUAA